AUGACGGAGGAUUACCCCAGGGAGAUAGAGGAUUACCCCCUACCCCGGAGGUUCAAGAUCCCGAGCAUCGAGAUGUAUGACGCCUCCACUGACCCGGAAGACCACCUCUCGGUCUUCCUGACACACAUGCGACUGCAGACUUCUGCAGACGAGAUCCGCUGCAAGACUUUCCCUAUGUUCCUGAAGGGGAAAGCUCGGCUCUGGUUCCAAGGCUUGGCACCAGGGUCUAUCCGGAGUUUCCCCGAGCUGGCUAGGCAGAAGCCCGAUGAGUCGUUGAGGAACUUCAUGACCCGCUUCAACGCGGAGAGUUUGCAGGUCAGGGACAAAGAUGAAAAGGUGGUCAUGGCCGCCUUCACAAACGGGCUCAGGGUAGAGGAGCUCUUCUACGAGCCGGCCAAGAAGCCUCCUGUAAAUCUGGAGGAGCUCCUAACCCGGGCACACGCGGCCGCUAAUGCGGAGGAGGCAGGCCGUCUGAAGAAGAAAUCAGAUCGGGAGCUCGGAGAUCGGAAGGGUCGGACGAACCCCCAAGAGGGCAAGGACGUCCCGGCCAAGAAGACCGUCUUUGAUCGGCUCUCGAAGGAGAAGGCACCUGCUCCACCGCCACUCCCGGAGAAGAGCUACACCCCUCUGACACGGCCUAGAGCACAGAUCUUGGCUGUUAUGGAGGCGGAAGGGUUGAGAGAUCGGCCGCCAAAAAUGGGGACACCUCGGAACAAGAGGAACCAGGACCGGUACUGUGCUUUUCACCGUGACGUGAGACACGACACGGAGGGAUGCUGGGCCCUACGGAAGGAGAUCGAGGACUUGAUCCAGCGCGGUUUUCUGGGACGGUUCGUACGCCAUGGCAGGUCGGGCCAGGAGUCCGGGCGCCCUUACUAUGGAGACAGCCGUGAGGGACAGCGUCGUGACUGCCCGGAGCGGCGUGACGCUCCUCGGGGCCACUCUCCCGACCAGGACACCCAGAACUUGACGGGAGUGAUAAACACCAUCGCCGGAGGCCCCACGGGGGGGGACAGUCAUACAGCUCGGAAGAACAAGCGACCACCCCCCGAGGGGGACGACUCCUUGAAACGCUUGCGCAUGGACGACUUGACCGUCGGAGUGCCCUCGGGGACAACCCUCGGUCCCCCUCCUCUAGUUUGUUCCUGUUUGUCUUGCAGGCUUAGGACCAACUCUUCCAUCAGCACCCCGAGCUAG